AGGGCCUUAUUAAAGUUCCCUUCUUCGCCCUCGCUGCUGCAUCCCCCUCCCCUGCCAACACGACCCACCCCACCCUUUCUUUCUGUGUGCGAUCUCAAUAGCUUCUCUCCUCUCUUCUUCUCCCAUCGCCACGGGCACGGACGAUCGCAAGGCUGCUCCUUUGUUGCCCUCGGGUUCCCGGACUUGGUCUCCCAAAGGUCCAAGUUGAGUUACUUAAAGAGCAUUACCUUUGGGGAUUUAUUAAAAGGGCGACGGUCUUGGCUUUCCAAUAGUGAGACUGGCUAUUGCGAAUGGCAGAGAGAGCCUGUGUGAAACGCCUUCAAAAGGAAUACCAUGCAAUUUGUAAGGAACCACCCCCGCAGAUUGUGGCUCGUCCUUCACCCAGUGAUAUUUUAGAUUGGCAUUUUGUACUUGAAGGAAGUAAAGGCACACCAUUUGAAGGUGGAUAUUACUAUGGAAAACUCAAGUUUCCACCUGAUUAUCCCUACAAGCCUCCCAGUAUCAGCAUGAUCACUCCCAAUGGACGUUUUGCCCCUCACAGAAAGAUCUGUUUAUCCAUGAGUGACUUUCAUCCAGAGUCUUGGAAUCCAAUGUGGUCUGUUUCAAGCGUUCUCACAGGCCUUCUAUCCUUCAUGAUGGAUGAUGGUCAGACCACUGGCAGCAUUAGGAGUACAGAUGAUGAAAAGCAAAGACUAGCCAAGGCUUCACUUGCUUAUAAUUGUGAAAGCAAAAACUGUCCAAGCUUCAGGAAGCUUUUCCCAGAAUAUGUGGAGAUGUACCAACAACAACAGGUCUCAGAGGAGUCUGUAUCAUCGCAGCGGAUGAGUGAACGUAGGAGCUCUCCUCCUUCCACUCUGGUUGAACAAGUUGCGAGACUUAAAGGUGAAGACAGAAGGAUUGUACAAAAUGCUGGAGAGAGAAAGCAGAUGCCAUUCUGGUUACUGCUGUUGAUGGUGUCAGUCUUUGGCAUUGUGAUGGCAUUGCCCCUGCUGCAACUGUGACUUGAUCAGCAGAGAUUGCAUACCAACAGUAUGCAAGUUCUGGCGCAAACUUUGACCUUGAAAAUGUUAAUGGUCUUAGAUUCAUGUACUGAAGAAUUUUGUAUAGUUGGUUGAUGUCCUUUGACAUUUCUUGAUGAACAUGAUGCAAUGUUCUAAAUAUCUAGUUUGUUACUGACUAGCAA